AUGCGAACUCGAUCGAGUCGGUCUACUGAGGACUUGGUCGAGCUAGACUUUACAACGGGUAGAAAGAAGGUUCAGAGGUCACAGAGGGUACAAGAGGAACCUGAGGUGCUUGUUGCUGAUACAAUGGAUGUACCAGAGGGGAAUGGAAACCCUUUGGGAAAUGGACUCGGUCGAGCUAGGCAAACUCGACCGAUUGGUCAAGGAGAUGCUCCAAACCGCCACCAACAGAGACAAGGGAUUGUUCCACCACCAGUGCAGAACCACAACUUUGAGAUCAAGCUGGGAAUGAUCAACCUUGUCCAGAACAAGAUGUUCCAUGGAUUGCCAAGUGAAGACCCCAUUGACCACCUUGAUGAGUUUGAUAGGCUUUGUGAUUUGACAAAGAUCAAUGGUGUCUCUGAAGAUGCCAUCAAGCUGAGACUCUUUCCUAUGUCUCUAGCUGACAAAGCUCACCAAUGGGAGAAGAGCUUGCCCCAUGGCACAAUCACCACUUGGGAUGAAUGCAAGAAGGCCUUUCUUGCUAAGUUUUUCUCCACCGGUCGCACAGCCAAGCUUAGAGGAGAGAUAUCCAGCUUCAUCCAGCGAAACAAUGAGACAUUCGCAGAGGCUUGGGAGAGGUUCAAAGGCUACACAAGUCAGUGCCCACACCAUGGAUUCAACAAUGAAUCACUACUCUCUACUCUUUAUAGAGGAUGCUUGCCUAGGUAUAGGGAGAUGCUAGACACAGCUAGCAAUGGGAACUUCCUCAACCAGGAUGUAGAUGAUGGCUGGCAACUUGUGGAGAACAUAGCUAACUCAAAUGGAAGCUAUGGAGAAGAGUAUGAUCGCACCAAUCGGAGCUCGACCCACCACUCGAUCGAGUCAGACGAAAAGUUGAGAAAAGAUGUUAAGGCAUUGAAUGAGAAGUUGGAUAAGCUGAUCCUAGCUCAGUCCACAAUGAAGAAAGUCAACUUUGUGUCUGCUGAGGAGAUGGAACCAGUCCAAGAAGGGGAGGAUACACAAUUUGCUGAGGUGUGCUACAUGAGCAAUGGGCAAGGAGGUUACAACAAAGGAUACUAUAAUUACAAGUCCAACCCUGCCAUGUCAUACCGCAACACUGAUGUUGCUAACCCUCAGGACCAAGUAUAUCCUCAACAACAAGCAGCUCGAUCGAGUCAGGUGCCACAACAUGGGCUUCCCCACCAACCACCCCAGCCUGCACCUUCACAAGAGAAUGAGCUCAAGGCAAUGCUAAAGCAACUACUUCAAGGGCAAGCUGAUGGGGUAGUGGACACAAGCAAGAAGCUAGCUGAAAUAAACUCUAAGAUCGAGAACCUCAACACAAGGGUUUACUCUCUGGAGAAUCAUGCUUCUUCUGUUGCUGCUGCUACAAAGCAAGGACAACUACCUGGUAAAGCUAUUCAGAACCCCAAGGAACAGUGCAAGGUCAUCUUCACUCAAGAAGGACUUGUUGAAGAAGAGGAUCAAGAAAGGGUCAUUGAAGAUUUUUGUUUACUGCUGAAUGAUGAAGAGAUUGUUGCUGCUGAGGCUCCUGGAGUCCAGAUUGAUCAACCAGAAGUGCAGGCACCUACUGUGGCCAUUCACACUUCACCAGUUGAGCUCGCACAACAAGCUCGAUCGGCAGCUCGAUCGAGUCCAACUCUAGCUCGAUCGAGUCCGACCUCUUCUGUCCGACAGCCAGUUUUGCUUGAUCCUUACCAACCGGUUGCCGCUUCCUCGUCUCGCCUACUUAGUCAAGGUCACAAGGAAGUGAUUCACAAGUUCAGAAGAGAUCUCAGUGGGAUUGGAAUUGAGUUGCCUCUAUGGAUAGCAUGA